UUUCAUUUUGAAAGCUGUUUCAAAAUGUUGCAACUUUUCUAGUUGCUUUAUUUGAACUUGCAAUGUCUCCAACAAUUUCAAUCAAAAUGGUUGAUUUUCAAAGAUUUAUUUUAUUGUUUUUAUUUAUAUCUCUAUUUUCAAUACAAUUAAGUGACCAGGAGGUUCUUAAUCCACCUUAUUAUAAUAUUGCUGAAGGACGUAAAGUCCAUGCGACAGGUACGUGUGGUGAAGGAGUUGGUAAAGAGCCAUUUUGCAAAAUCGUUGGUUCUACGUGGCCGGACUUAGAAAUAGAUUACAAUUACACUGUAGUCCGUGGGCAAGCUUGUGAUGUUUGUGAUCCAAAUAACCCCAAGAAAACUCAUUCAGCAAAUUAUGUUACUGAUGGCACAUCUAAAUGGUGGCAAUCACCUCCAUUAUCUCGAGGUCCUGAAGCCGCUCAAGUCAACUUGACAAUUGAUUUAGGACAAGAAUAUCAUGUGGCAUAUGUUUAUGUUACUAUGGCUAAUUCACCUAGACCAGGAGUUUGGGUUAUUGAAAGGUCGGUUGAUGGAGGUUCGUCGUUUAAGCCUUGGAUGUAUUUUGCUGACUCUAAAGAGGAAUGCGUAAGACAAUUUGGCGAAGAAAGUAUUCAACCGUUAACUCGAGACGAUCAAGUUAUUUGCGAAACAAAAUAUUCAAAAUUAAUUCCUCUAGAAGAUGGUGAGAUUAUAAUAUUGCUUUUGAAAAAUAGACCCGGUGGAGAUAAUUUUACCAGUUCAGAGGCUCUACAGGAAUUUACCAGAGCUACUAAUAUUCGUCUUCGAUUCAUUAGGCCUCUAACUUUCGGUAUCAAUAAUCUAUUGAAUUUUGAGAAAACAUUUCUUUCUCGUUACUUUUAUAGCAUUCGAGAGAUCAAAGUAGGUGCUCGGUGUGUAUGUAAUGGUCAUGCUGAAGCUUGUGAUUUUAUCGAUCCGAACAGUCCAGAUAAAUCGCAUUGUGCCUGUCGACAUAACACUACUGGUGUCCAAUGUGAAAAAUGUAAACCACCUUUUAUGCAGAAACGUUGGAGACCAGCGACUCCUAAUGACCCAUUUGAAUGUGAAAAAUGUAACUGUAACGGCCACUCAGAGGAAUGUAUAUUUGAUGAUGAAGUCGAGAAGAAUCAUCAGUCUAUGGAUAUACACGGUAAUUACGAGGGUGGUGGACGGUGUAUUAAAUGUGAUCACAAUACCAAAGGAAUAAAUUGUCAUGAAUGUAAAUUUGGCUUUUAUCGACGCAAAGGACUACCUCUCAAUGCGACAAAUAUCUGUGUUAAAUGCAGUUGUUUCAAGUCUAGUCAAACUGGCGGCUGUGAUGCAGAAACAGGACUCUGUCAGUGUAAAAACAACUUUACCAACGCACCAGCCUGUGAUAAAUGUGCUUAUGGUUAUUAUAAGGAACCAGAUUGUCCUAGAUGUCCAUGUUAUCGUAAUGGUACUUUGGACGAUAUUUGCGCUCCAAGUAGAGGUCAAUGCAUUUGUAAAAAGUCUUAUUCUGGUGCUGAUUGUUCAUCUUGUGCUGCUAGUUACUGGGGAUUUCCUAAAUGUCAACCCUGUAACUGUGAUUUAUCUGGCUCUGUUUCACCCAAUUGUGAUUCAACCAAUGGUAAAUGUACUUGCAAAAAACAGUUUUCAGGUAAUUUAUGUAGUUCUUGUUCUGUUGGAUUUUUCGGUUUUCCUGAAUGUCAGGCCUGUGACUGUAACCCACUAGGAACUUUUGAAGACGUUUGUAAUUUAACUAACGGAACUUGUAAAUGUAAACCUGGUUUCGGUGGGUCAAGAUGUGAUCAAUGUAUUCCUGGCUAUUACGGUUUCCCCGAUUGUAAACCUUGUACUUGUUACUCGGAAGGAUCAAUUAAUGAAAAUUGCAGUAAAGAUGGCAAGUGUUCAUGUCACCCUCGUUAUGGUGGUUUAAAAUGUAAUCAGUGUGCUCCUGGUUACUUUGACUUCCCCAAAUGUGAAGCUUGCGGCUGUGAUCCAGCAGGAUCUUCAGGUACUUCUUGUCUAAAUGGUGCUUGUUGGUGUAAAGAUAAUUUUGAAGGAACCAAGUGUAACAAGUGCAAGAAAAACUAUUACAAUUAUCCAACUUGUGAAAGCUGUAGCUGUAAUCCAGCUGGUAUUGUUUCUAAUUUUUCUAGAUGCUCUGAAAUCCCAUCUCAAAAAUUUUGCAACUGUAAAGAAAGAGUAGUUGGACGUAAUUGUGACACUUGUGCUCCUCAUUUUAAAAAUUUACGCGCUAUAAAUCCUUUGGGCUGUGAUCCUUGUCGGUGUAAUCGAGCUGGUUCCAUCAAUGGUCUGGAUUAUUGUGAUGGCGACUCUGGUCAAUGUAUAUGUAAAGAAUCUGUUACUGGGUUAACCUGCGAUCGUUGUUCUUAUGGUACUUAUGCUCUAUCAAGUGGUAAUUAUCUUGGCUGUGUCCCAUGUGAUUGUGAUGUUGGUGGCUCAUGGCGUAGUGUUUGUGACAAAAUAACUGGUGCAUGCCAAUGUAAAUUCAGGAUUGAAGGUCGUCGAUGUGAUCGCCCUCAGAUAGCUCAUUAUUUUUACACGACUUAUCAAUACCUAUAUGAAUUAGAAGAUGGUCGAGGUGAAUAUCAUAGUAUACGUUACGACUACAAUGAGACUGUUUUCCCUGGAUUCUCAUGGAAAGGUUACGCUAAAUUUUCCGAGAUUCAAAAGAAAGUUACCAUUGAUUUUUUCAUAAUUAGAUCGUCAUUUUAUCGAGUUAUCUUUCACUACCAUAAUCCAGGAACUGAACCCAUUGUUGGUAACCUGACCUUAACAAAUGAAAAUGAGCCUCCUCAAUAUUUGAAAGUCACUUUUGCACCAACAUUAAAACCAAAGAAAUAUCUGGUUCCAAUGGAUAAAGCAACUCCGUUUCACCUUUUUGUCACAAGACGCCCAUGGAGUGCUUCUUUAACAGCGGAUGAACCUUUAUUAGUCGAUUACAUUGUUUUCCUUCCUCAAGCUUACUUUGAGGCUACGAUUCUUCGAGAAAAUGUGACUGGAGCUUGCACCGUAUCGACUCCUACCUAUCAACUCUGUCGACAUUAUGGUUAUACUAAAUUUCCACCUUCAUCGAUUAGUUAUCCAAAAGGCUUCGCAAAUGCCAAUGUUGACAUUCCGGCAGAUGCACGCGAUUCAUUCUUGAUCAAUGCUGUCUCAUUGUCUGAUCAAGAGCGUGAACACGUCUUUGAUUUGGAUGUUGAUAAAGAGUCGAAAUAUGUUCUAAUUUUAUCCUAUGUUUAUCGUGUCACCAAUCCACCGCCAAAAGGCCAAAUAGCUAGAUUAACAGUCGAAGUUAAUACUUUAAACAAAAUAAAAAUGAAUAUUCCCUUUCAAGUACCAAUAUGCCAAAACACUUUUCCCUGUCGUCAUGUUAUUGUUGAUAAUAAGGGCGCACCAGUUAAGUUUCAUCUCGCAAACGGACCAUCUACAGUUAUUGUUAAACUGGAUAAUGAAAUCGGCGAAGCUACUUUUAGCAUAUUGGGCUUGAUAUUUUUACCGAUUCGUGACUGGCAUAUUGAUCAUGUUAAACCUUCUUUAAUUUGUAUAAUGCGUAAUCUGGAAUGUUUAGAUUUACCAUUUGACGAAAUGUCCGAAUCCAUGAAAAUACCCUUUAAUGGUCAGAGUACAUCAAGUGUUUCAUCAAACAUUAUUGAUGAAUCAAUGGGAAUGAUUCAGCUUUCUGGAGUUGCACCUGUAACUCAAAAUUAUAUACUGGUUGUUCACUAUUACCAACCAGAUUAUCCAGAAUUUGGAAUUGAGAUAACUUUCCUUAAAUCAAUGCAAUCAGCAACAGAACAGGCCACUCUGAAAAUUUCUCACUGUCCUAAUAAAAAUGGCUGCAGAUCCAUGAUCCAAUUCAAAAAGCCUUUGGGAGUUUUGGAAGCUGGCAAAGAGUUUAUGCUAAUAAUGAAUUUACCAAAAGAUCGUUUUGCUAAUUUUGAAAAUUUACUUUUAAUCAGUGAAAAAAAUUUCUCACCAACCCAAUUGAAGUUGCCAAUAGUUGAUCGAUCCACUGAGUUUUUUGCUCAAUGUGCUCAAGAUGCAUUUUAUGUAGACGAUUCUUCUUCAGAAUUUUGUAAACAAGCUGUUUUCACCUUAACCACUGAUCACAAUAGUGGUGGAGCAUUUUGUGGUUGUAAUGCUACUGGAUCUUAUGGAUAUACAUGUAAACCUCUUGGAGGUCAAUGUAAUUGUAAACCAAAUAUAAUUGGAAGAGAGUGUAAAGCUUGCCGAUCAGGUUAUUAUGGAUUCCCUGAUUGUAAACCAUGCAACUGCCCCAAAACUGUGGACUACUGUGACUCAGUUACUGGUGAAUGUGUUUGCCCCAAGAAUGUUGUAGGAAAUAAUUGUGAUCGAUGUGCUCCGUUGGCUUAUGGUUAUGACUCUAAAAUGGGUUGUGAUGAAUGUAAUUGUCAUCCUCUUGGUGUUUUAGAUGGUAAUUUGAAGUGUGAUUCUCGCACUGGUCAAUGUAGAUGUAAAGCCAAAUAUGAUGGACGUAUUUGUAGUCUGUGUAAAAUAGGUUACUUUGAUUUUCCUGAUUGUCGUCGUUGUAAUUGUCAUUAUGAUGGUACAACAUCUGAUGUCUGUGAUUCUAAAUCAGGUUCCUGUUAUUGCAAGGAAAAUGUACUCCGUCCUAAUUGUGAUGUUUGUAAACAAGGAACUUUCAAUCUUGAUCCAAAGAAUCCUGAAGGUUGCACCAAAUGUUUCUGUUUUGGAGUCGCCAAAAAUUGUCGAAGCUCCGAGCUAAAGCUAACUCCUGUGAAAGCCAUUAACUAUUCAAAUUGGUCUGCGGUUGAAAUUGAAUUUUCUGAGUCUGAAUUAAGUUUCACACCGAUAGUGACAACUUCCAAAUUAACAGAGACACAAUUUAGAUUAGAACCCGUUCCAAUGGGACAAGUUUAUCUUUUAUCAAAAUCUGAUUCCAGGAAAAAUUUUUACUUUAAAGUACCAAAUGAAUUUCUCGGUAAUCGCCUAACUUCCUAUGGAGGUUUCAUUCGCUAUCAAACUGUAGAGUUACCUUUGAAAGGCUCCGUUAUAAAUUCAAUUGAUACUCCUGUAACUCCAGACUUAAUUUUCAUUGGACGUAAUCACUCGAUUGAAUUAACAAAUGAUGAACAGCCUGCUUCACCAUUUAGUACACAAAAGUUUGAGAUCGAGUUGGUUGAAAGUAAAUUCCGUCAUUUAUAUGAAUCAACACCAGUUACUCGAGAACAGUUUAUGACUUUGCUAACUGAUCUGCAGUCUAUUUAUAUUCGUGCUUCAUACUUUACACCAGUUGGAGCCGUUUAUCUUGCUGACUUUACAUUUGAUUUAGCUUCCAAUGGUUCAAUUUUAAAUGCUUCAUUAGCUCGUCGAGUCGAACAAUGUAGCUGUCCAGUAAAUUAUAAAGGAAGUUCAUGUGAAGAAUGUGCCAGUGGCUAUUAUCGAAUCUCAGUUGGACCUUACUUGGGUUCGUGUAUUCCUUGUAAGUGUCAUGGACAUUCAAAUGAGUGUGAUCCGUUAACAGGGAAAUGUUUAAACUGCAAUCAUAACACGACUGGUGAUCAUUGUGAACUGUGUAAAUCAGGUUUUUAUGGAAAUGCAACUGUUGGAAAACCUGACGAUUGUUUGAGCUGUCCUUGUCCAUCGCCAAAUAAUUUUGCUACUUCUUGUAAGAUGGAUCAAGAUACUCGACUAAAAUCAGAAUGGAGUUGUAACUGUAAACCUGGUUAUACCGGUAAACUGUGUAACCUUUGUGCUGUGGGUUACUUUGGUAAUCCCUUAAUUCCUGGCAACUUCUGUCAACCUUGUAACUGUAAUGGUAACAUUGAUUCAACAGAUCCUGAUUCUUGUCACUCAUUUUCGGGAAACUGUGCGAAAUGUCUCAAUAAUACUGCUGGUAAAUCAUGUGAACGGUGUGCUGAUGGAUAUUAUGGUGAUGCUAUUAAACUGAAAAACUGUCGGCCUUGUCAGUGUGUUAAUUGUGGCACUGCAGUUUGUGACCAAUAUAGCGGUAAUUGUAAAUGCCAUCCUAAUGUUAUUGGUGACUAUUGUAAUGAGUGUAAACCAAAUCAUUAUGGAUUCAAUACAUGUGCCGGUUGUACGCCUUGUAAUUGCUCUGAUGCCUCUAAAGGACACGAUUGUGAUGCAGACUCGGGUCAAUGUCGUUGUCAACCUGGUGCCACUGGGAGAACAUGUAAUGUCUGUGAACCUGGAUUCUGGAAAUACAGUAAAUUGGGUUGUGAAUCUUGUGGAUGCAGUGAAAAAUAUUCAAAGGGAGUUGUCUGUAACCAGAAAACUGGAAAGUGUGAAUGUUUACCUGGAGUUGUUGGUGAAAAAUGUGACAAAUGUCCACGGCGUUGGGUAUUUGUAGACCAGAAAGGAUGUCACCAAUGCACUGACUGUCAAGAUACUCUACUUGACGAUACAGACCUUCUCAUGAAUGAGAUAACUCCAAUAUUUAAUGAUCUCAGCAACACAGCAAAAAGUGUCUAUACAGCGAAAAAAUUUUCGCUAUUGAUUAGCAACUUAACCAAAUUGGAAAAUAAAAUGUCUAUUAACAUUAAUGCAUCAAAAUUGAUCAAUCUCUCUACUCUGGGUAAUGAAAUGGUAAAAAUUAUUAAAGGAUCAGAUAAUUUAUCGGUAUGGCAGGAAAGGUUAUCUCACUUGGCUUCAAGUGUUGUCAAAUGGAACAAGACUUUAUCAAAAGCUGAUACGAUUCUCCAUGAAAGCAAAAAGGUCUCGAAUGAGGUAAACAAAACAAUUGAACAAUUUAAGGCUACUGAACAUCUUUACAAAACUGAAGCAGCUGAAGUGAGUUUCCCAGCUAUGCUGAGUCAAUGUGAAAGCAAUACAAACGAGGUUAAAAGAGUGAACAGUUUCAUUGACGGUAAAACAAGAGAAGUUGACGAUAUUUUAAACGAACUCGCAUUCAACUUUUGGUCGAAAGUCAAACGCUUAUUCAAAGACAUUUCUGCCUUGAAGACUGACGCUAAUGGAUUUAAAGAGCGAUUAAAUAGAGCUGUAAAUAUUUUAACCGAUGCUAACCUGAAAAUUGCUAACUCAACGAGUGUUUCUCUGGAUGUUCAGCGUAGUCUGAAUAUAAGUCACACUUCUCUUAAAGAGCCAAUGAUUUCCAAUAUCAAUUUGAUGAAAAAUCUCGAUUCUUCAAUUGCAACCCAUCUGAAGGAAGCCAAAGCUAAAAUUAACCAAUCUAGUGCAAUUUUAAUAGCUACUUCAAGCUCACUUGUCACUUUAGUUGAACUAUCUUACCCGGUGACUACUAAAAAAGAGCGACUUGUUGGUCUAUUGGGCAAACUAAAGAAACUUCAAGAACUUAGAUUGACCAAUGAGGUAAAAAAGGCUAUACAAUAUUCAAACAAUUUGAACAAAACUGCUAUUAAUCUCGGUUUGACUUUUUCAAGAGUAUUUGAAGAAGAGAGCUUAGCCCGCAAAAUUAAAGCUGCAAAAGCUUUUGGAAUUGUUGAAAAGGCCAUUGAAUCGGCAGAAAAUUUAGUGCGAGAUCUUAAUAUAUCGUCUGAUAAACCAUGGAAGAAGAUAAAAGAUGAAAUAUCUUCAGUUCAGCAAGACGUUAUGAAAAAUAAAGGAAAGGCAAGUGAACUUAAAGCAAAUAUCUUGACCAUUGGAGCCAAAGAUCUGUACCAGAAAAAUGAAACUAUUAAUUUGAAAGAUGCUAUGAUUAAACUGCAAAGUCAAAAAUUGGAUAAAUUAAUCAUAGAACUGGGAAAUACCACUGAGAAUAUUAUUGCGUUUAAUAAAGACUCUAAGUUGAUGGAAUCGAUUCAGCUCAGUGCCCAUAUAGCUAAUAAUGUUUCAACACGUUUUGAUCAACUUGUCAUUGACAUCGAUUCCAUAUCAAAUGCAACAAAUGAACUUAAACAGGAUCAAGAGCAAAUAUUUAUUGAUAUUAAUGAAGGGACUUCAUUGUACACUUUAUAUGAUCCAAGAAAAAUCCGAGAAAGAGUUCAUAAUUCAGAGGUUAAAGUUGCUGAAAUGAUGAACUUGGUUAAAUCAUCUAAACCUGUAAUUGAAAAAUUGAAAAGGAUGGUUAUUCGAGCUCGUAAGAUGGCAAGUCAUAUUGAUUUAGCAAUGAAAUUGGACAAAAUUUCUUUUGCUCAAUUAAGGCUACCUGAAAAUUUAUUACGCACCUCUAAAAGCUUGACCAGCUUAUCACUCAACUUUGCCAGCAUUUAUAAUGAUGGACUAUUGUUUUUCAUGGGUAAUUUAAAUAAAUCUCAACCUCAACAUGUUAAACGUUCAACUGACAAGGAUCUCACGAAUAGGAAUGAUUAUAUUGCUGUUUGUCUCAACAAAGGAAAGGUUAAAGUUGUUUUAGAUUUAGGCAGUGGCCCUCAAUCCAUAGAGACUGACGACACUUUCAAUGACGGUGAUUGGACUGGAUUAGUAUUUAACAGAGUUGGUAAAAAAAUGAAUCUAACAAUGUUAAAAGGUGACAAGAUGACUGUGACUGUUGGUUACAUUGAAGGAAGCUCAUUUUUAUUUGAUCUCAACAACCAAUCACAGAUAUUUGUUGGUUUGAUUCCAAGCGAUUAUAUCGUGCCAGAUACAAUUAACGCCAAUAUUUUCAAUGGUUCUUUGGCUCACAUUACUUACAGCGAUAUUCCCAUAAGUCUACACAAUUUCAAACGUGGAUUUUAUUCUGGUGGUGCCUUUUCACCUGAUCCGCCUAAAUUUAAAGGCUGUUUCAAAGAUGAACUUGAUAACUCAAAAAGGACUCCAGGAGUAACCUUGGGUUGUGUUGAAUCUAGAGUAACUGAAGCUGUUUUUAAAACAAACGUUAGACCAAGUUUCAUUGAAAUGCCAUUGAAGAAAGAAAUUGAAAGUUUCCAAAUAUCAUUCAAAUUUAAAACUAAUUUAUCCAAAACUAUAAUAUUUGCUAUGCACAUGACGCCUGGUGAAAACACAAACAUGGCAUUUUCUUCAAUCUUUAUUGAGAAAGGAAUACUUAAAUUUGUAACUUUUCCUGGUGGAAGUGCAUAUUCAGAUGUUCGUUGCAAUGAUAGUGAAUGGCAUUAUGUGAUGUUAACUAAAAAAGGCAACUCUUAUAAACUCAACAUAGAUGAUAAACCUGAAGUCUCCAAAGAUUUCCCAGAACAAAAUCUACAUGAAUCUGCCGAAUCAUAUUCUAUUGGUGGGUCAGAUGAACAUAUUCGAGGAAAUUUUCCAGUUUUUAUUGGGUGUGUUGGUGAAAUUGUGGUUAAUAAUGAACUUCAAGAUCUAAGAAAUGCAGAUGAUGUUAAUGCUGCAACCUUGGUUAAUUGUGACCAACAAUUGAUUAACAGCGAUAAUGACACAUCAACUGAAAUUAUUCCCAAUUUACCUUCACUAACAAAUACAAACAUCACACCAACCACACCAGCCAUCAAUCCAUCUUUACUAGCCAAUUACACAACAGUCCCAAAUUGUGCACUUCCAAUGGUUCCCAUUGAGCCAGGUGUUACCAUAGAUAGUCAUGGUCGUCGAUUUGGUACUUCUCGACAUUCUCGAGUUGAAAUUAAAUUGAGUUCCGAAUUGAUAAAAUCGUUUGAAACAGGGUCUAAUAUUAGCCUUCGAUUCUCACCAACUAGAAAAAUGUUUGGAGAGGGAAAUAGAGCAGGAAUUUUAUUCUUUGUUUCUGAUGCACAAUUUGAUGAAUUUAUGUGUCUUUAUAUCUAUGAUCAAGUCAUGUAUCUGGCAUGGAAUGUUGGAAGUGGUCAUAAAAUUCUCAAAGGAGAUUGGAUUAUCUCAAAAUCUAAUGUUAGAAUAACAUUUGGUCUUAAUGGAAAUGCUGGUUGGGUUGAUUCUUACACUGCAACUUCACCUGGAAACUCGACAAAAUUCAACAUAGUAUCUCCAGCUUAUAUAGGAGGUUUACCACCGAUUGCAGCUCAUCGAGUUGGACCACUUAUUUGGAACAUGAAUCAUUCAUAUAUUGGUUGUAUUCGAGAUAUUGUCAUCAAUGGAAUACCAAUCAGCCUAGAAGAAAAAGAAACAGAAAAUGGAUAUAAAUUCGUGAACACGCCAAUUUGCACGAAUCAAAUUGAAUCUGGAGUCUAUUUAACCGGUCAAAAUAGCUAUUUAUCUUGUUAUGAUAAAUUUAAAGUUGGACUUACAGUUGUAAUUGAGUUUCAUAUUAAACCUCGUAUUUUGAAUGGUCUUAUUUUGGCUACAUUUGGUCAUCCCAACGAGAAAGGUGAAAUCAGUGAUUAUCUAAUCGCUAAGUUGAAUAAUGGUGCUAUUCAAUUAACGGUUAAUAAUGGAUUCGGUGAAAAGACUGCAACUCUUGACAUGAAAAACGGCUCUGCGGCAAUCUGCGAUGGAAAUUGGCAUAUGAUUACGAUUACCAAAAUUUCAAACUCUCACAUGAUUACCGUAAACAAAGAAGAAAGUGAAGCUGUUUUCGGACCUGGAGGCUUUAACGUUGCUGAUACAUCAACUCCUAUUUUUGUUGGUGAUGUUCCAGAUUAUUAUCGACGUAUACUCCCUGAUUUACCUCCUCCUUACAUUGGUUGUGUUAGUCACAUGAGUGCUUAUUCUCCGAAACAAAGAGGAUACAUAAAUUACAUAAGUAUGGGAAGGUACUGUGAUUACAUUGGAAAUGCGAUGGAAUAUUGUCCGAUCUUUUAGUUUUACCUCAAUAAUGGUAUGGAUAUUCAAAUUGUGAAAGCAUCUAGAAAGUCACAGAUAGUGAUUACAUGUGCCAAAUUAAGUGUGAAGAGGUGAUGAUUGACUCUUUCUUAAUAAAGUCCAUUUUUAUGUUAAUUAUUAAAAUAUACAGAUUAAACUAAUGACUGUCAUUAUUUAUUCAAUAAACUAAUUGAUUUAAUAAAGUGUAACUGCUGUAUUAGUCUGAAUGAUAUCACAAUUCAAGUUAAAAAUAAUACCCUAGACCAAAAA